ACGACCAGAGUCAGCAAAACGACCCGAACAAGGCAGACCCAAGAAACCCGUCGCACCCAAAAGAGACUGGACUCGACCUGUGGACCAACACCUAGAAAAGCAUGCUGGCGAGACACCUAAACAGCACGAGCGUCACGUCAAUAAGUUUGCUAAACAGCCACCCAGGAAAUCAGAGACUCAAGCACAAAAGAGAGAACGAAAGAAACGAGAGGAAGAAUUGGCUGCUUUGGCUCGAGAGGAAGAAAAAGAACGCCAUCAGAUUGAAGCCAGAAAGGCAAAGCAAAAGGCAAAAGAACAAGCAGCCAGUCAUCAUAUGAAAGAUGUCUAUGUUCCUGAAAUCAUCAAUGUUGCCAAUCUGUCAAGAGUAUUGGGUAUUCGAAUGGAGCAAUUGAUCAGAACCAUGGAAGAAUUAGAAAUGGGUAGUACUUCUCAUGAUCGCAUGUUAAAUGCUGAUGAAUCUAGCUUAAUUGCUAUGCAGCUGGAUAUGAAUCCAAUUGUUGAUUCCAGACAAUCUCUUGACUUAUAUCCAAGAUCUGCGCUAGUGGAUCCCAGCUUACUAAUGGACCGACCUCCUAUUGUUACUAUUAUGGGACACGUCGAUCAUGGCAAGACAACUCUAUUAGACACACUUCGUAAAACAUCAGUAGCAGCAGGAGAAGCAGGCGGUAUUACGCAACACAUUGGUGCAUUUUCAGUACAAUUACCUUCUCGCAAGACAAUUACCUUUUUAGAUACACCCGGCCAUGCUGCCUUUUCUGCCAUGCGUCAAAGAGGGGCCCAGGUCACGGAUAUUGUUGUCUUGGUUGUUGCUGCGGAUGAUGGUGUGAUGCCUCAAACCCAAGAAGCCAUUCAACACGCACAUGCUGCUAAUGUACCUAUUGUCGUGGCCAUCAACAAAUGCGAUAAACCAGGUGUCGAUACCUCUAAAGUCAAACAAGAAUUAGCUCGUUAUAACGUCCAUUUAGAAGAAAUCGGUGGCGAUGUUCCUUGUGUUGAAGUGUCUGGCUUAACAGGCAAAAAUCUAGAUCAAUUAGAAGAAACCAUCAUUACUUUAUCUGAAAUUCUUGAAUUAAAGGCUGAAAGAACGCAUGGUGCAGAAGGUGUGGUCAUUGAAUCUCAAAUUGAAAAAGGAAGAGGCAAUGUGGCUACCGUGCUUGUUCAACGAGGUACAUUGAAACCUGGUUCUGUUGUUGUAGCUGGCCAAACAUGGUGCAAAGUCCGUUCCAUGACUGAUUAUCAGGGUAAAGUGGUCAAAGAGGCUACACCUGGUAUGCCAGUAAAAGUGAUUGGAUGGAAAGAUGUUCCUAGUGCAGGUGACGAAAUGCUGACUGCUAAAGACGAGAACUUGGCCAAAACUGUUGUUGAGAACCGCGUUGCACGACACCAAAGAGAUCAACAGCUGCGUGAUCUAGAAGUGAUUAACGAUAAGCGUAGACAACAAAGAGAACAACUAGAGCAGGAACGUAUGGCAGAAAAGGCUUACAAGAAAGAAAUGUACAUGUAUCAACGUGGUUUAGUGGACACAUUACCCGACUCCUUAAACAAAAGGUUGCAUGCGAUCCAGAGUAGUCUGCAAGAAGAAAAGGGAGAGCAAGAAUUACAACAAGAUAAUAUGCUUGAAUUACGUGCUGUAGUCAAAGGUGAUGUAAGUGGUACAGUGGAAGCUGUUGUCGAUUGUCUAUCAGGUCUUCAAAAUAAGCAAAUUAGAGUUAAAGUAGUACAUAGUGCUGUAGGCAACAUCACUGAAGGUGAUGUGCAACUCGCUGCUGCUUGUGAGGGCCAAGUCAUCGGAUUUAAUGUACGAGCUGAUAAGCGUAUCCAAGCCGAGGCUGCCAAGAUCGGAGUCCCUGUGAAGUCGUACUCGAUUAUUUAUAAGCUUCUAGAAGAUGUCAAGGAUGAAUUGAGUGAUAUGUUGCCACCUAUUGUGUCUACUCAAGUAGUUGGUGAAGCAGCUCUAUUACAAGUAUUCGAUAUCAAUACAAAAGGAAGAGAAACACGCCCAGUGGCUGGCUGCAGAGUCACAAAUGGUUCAAUUCAUAAGAAUGGCCGUGUGCGAGUAGUGCGUAAUAAAGAGAUUGUUUGGGAAGGUGAAUUAGAGGCACUUCGUCAAGUCAAGAAAGACAUCACAGAAGCCAAGAAAGGAUUAGAGUGUGGUAUGUCGUUUGAAGGAUUCACAGAUUUCCAGCCCGGUGAUGUUAUCCAAAGUGUACAGACGAUUGAAACCAAGCAAAAAUUAUAGAGAUCUGGCCUUUAUUUAGAAAAAGGAAAUGAAUGCGUAUGCCAAAUAAAGAUGCUUGUUUUUAAGCCUCAGAUUGAGAUACCGGGGAAGUAGCAUGGUCUCAGGUGCUCAGCCUGCAUUUUCUUUGAUUGGCUGCCUUUGUGCUAAAUUUAUCCGUCUCCCCUUUUUUCUAAACAGAAAAAAAAAAAGUAUAUAAAUACACUUUUUAAUUAUUUUUUUUAUUCUGUACUUUCUCUCUUUU